GGAAGCGAGCGGCUGAGUUGCUGCGGGGAAAAAAUAAAAAAUAAAUAAAAAGCCAAAUUAGUUGUGUCUUGCGGGAAGUGGAAGCCUCUGGUUGUUGUGUCUGCGGUUAAACAGCGCUUCUAUUCGCGGCUUGUCUUGUUCCCAACUGUGUGAGAUUUGCUAGUGACCCGGCCUGUGUACUCCCCUGCCAGGCAUACAUAAUGGAGCGGGCUGUUAAAGAGAACCACAAACCUUCUAAUGUCAAGGUUUUUCACCCAAUGACGGAGGGUCCCAAACGUAUCCCAGUUAGCCAGCCUCCGAGCACCCAGGUUAGGCCUCCUGUGACUGCAGUCUCUGCUCAGAGGAUAUUGGGUCCCUCUAAUGUGCCCCAGCGGGUGAUGAUGCAGGCUCAGAAACCUGUUUUGUCCAAUCAGAAGCCAACGGCUCAGGGCCUGCUGCGGCCGGCAACUCAUGGGCAUCAGACCAGCAAACCACAGGGACCAAAUGAGAAUCGCAAUCCACAGCAGACAAGCCAUUCCUCCACUCCAAACAUGGAAAAGAAAGGAAGCACCGAUCAAGGAAAGACUUUGGCUGUUCCCAAAGAGGAGGGUAAAAAGAAACAAUGGUGUCUGGAAGACUUUGAAAUCGGACGACCCCUAGGCAAAGGGAAGUUCGGAAAUGUGUAUCUGGCACGUGAGCGGGAGAGUAAAUUCAUCCUGGCACUGAAAGUGUUGUUUAAAUCCCAGCUUGAGAAGGCGGGAGUAGAGCACCAGCUACGCCGGGAGGUGGAAAUUCAGUCCCAUCUCAGGCACCCGAAUAUCCUCCGGCUAUAUGGCUAUUUCCACGAUGCCUCCAGAGUCUACCUAAUCCUCGAUUAUGCGCCUGGUGGGGAACUAUUCAGAGAGCUGCAGAAAUGCACCAGAUUUGACGACCAAAGGAGUGCUUUGUACAUCAAACAGCUGGCAGAAGCCCUCCUGUACUGUCACUCCAAGAAGGUGAUACACAGGGACAUUAAACCAGAGAAUUUGCUGCUCGGCUCUAAUGGAGAACUGAAGAUUGCUGACUUUGGCUGGUCUGUGCAUGCUCCGUCCUCCAGGAGGACCACUCUGUGUGGGACUCUGGAUUAUCUACCUCCUGAGAUGAUCGAGGGCCGAAUGCACGACGAGAAAGUUGACUUGUGGAGUCUGGGAGUUCUCUGUUACGAAUUCCUUGUAGGGAAACCUCCAUUUGAGACUGACACCCACCAGGAAACCUACAGACGCAUUUCAAAGGUUGAAUUUCAAUAUCCGCCGUAUGUAUCGGAAGAGGCAAAAGAUCUCGUUUCGAAGCUGUUAAAGCACAACCCAAACCACAGGCUGCCCCUGAAAGGAGUUCUCGAACAUCCAUGGAUCGUAAAAAAUUCUCAACAACCCAAGAAGAAAGAUGAGCCACUUGCAGGUGCUCAGUAGGAAAUCUCCCGUGGAUCUUUACCCAAAUGUGAGAAGGCAUAACAAUUUGCACCUGCUAGGCAACUCCCCCUAUUUCUAGUGGAGGCGGCUAAUCCUUCCCAAGGUGGGGUGGGGACGUUGAUCUGGCAACUCAUUGCUCAGUAUUUGCUUCGUGACACAAGGCAAUGCACCAUGGAACACUCGCAGUGCCUUCUGGGAAAAGCACUCAACAGCCUGAUCUUGGAUUUGCAACAACGGCUUCUUGCAAAGACCACAAAACCUGGUGCUUUUUUUUUUAACUUCUAUCACAAACCACUGCUCUGCUAUAGGCACAAGUUCUCUUUUUAAGGUGAAUUUCAAAGACAUGUCCCCAGACCCGGCAGUUAUGAACUGUAGCACUGAGAACUGUAAAACCGCCAGUUCUGACUUCUGCAACAAUCCAAUAAGCAAGCUUAUUCUCCAGAGAUUGGCCGGUGCAAUAGCAAUAUGAAUGCCUGGGUAUAUUUAUUAGGCUAUUUGACUGUCACCGUACACUGCUGCUCGAAUACUGAGUGAAUGAAUAGUGUAAAUACCUAUUGUUUCAAUCUUGUAUGUCCUUUUAUGUGUCAACACUUUUAGAAAAAGCCAAUUAUUUUUUUCCCCCUGUGUUUAAAUGUUUUAAAAUAAAAGCUUUGAUUAAAAAAAA